UAACUUACUAAACGUUAACUCAAAGGUGAACCAAAGCUUUAAAUCCCUUUUAGUGCCAGCACGUGCGAGUCUGACAGUUUGGGAGCGAUAUUGUAGCAGCGACAGAAGCGCCCAGCCGCAGGCGCAAUUCCUCCUUCCCCUCCUCCUCCUCCCUGUGUGUAGGGGCCGGGCCAAGAAGCAGCAGCAGCAGAGGGAGAAGCAGCACAGCGAGCAGAGCCAGUGUGAGUGCGACUGUUUCCUCUGCUCCUUCACUUGUUCCGCUCCCGCAACUUAUAGACAUGGGGCAGCGGCCAGGGCACGACUUGUUCAUGGGGACGGCGGGGCUUUAAAGACAAGUUUGUUGGCGGCAGUCGCAGAUGAGCAGAGUUGUAGCGAGUUUGUCACACACUUGUCCUUUGGUCCCACUAGCGAGGAAAGCGAUUCUGUCGGCAGGUCCCGACUAAGCGGCAGCGUCAUGCCCAUCGGCAAGAAACCCACCUCCUGGCAGGAGGAAGUAGUCAGGGGCUUCUCCAGGUUCUUCUCCAGGUCUUCAUCCCAGGAAAGAAACGAAGAGCCUGAGAAAACCUCUGGGAAUGAGCAGGAGCAGGCAGAUUCCUCCUUAUCCAGUGCAUCACCUCAAGACAAGGACAAGAAGUUGCCCAGUGAGAAGUCAUCACUAGAGGAAAGUGCUGAAGCUGACCAGAGCCCAUCCAGGUUCUUUUCCACAGCACCAGCUCAAGACAAGGACAAGAAGUUGCCCAGUGAGAAGUCAUCACUAGAGGAAAGUGCUGAAGCCCACCAGAGCCCAUCCAGGUUCUUCUCAAGAGCAUCAACUCAAGACAAGGACAAGAAGUUGCCCAGUGAGAAGUCAUCAUUAGAGGAAAGUGCUGAACCCCACCAGAGCCCAUCCAGGUUCUUCUCCAGAGCAUCAACUCAAGACAAGGACAAGAAGUUGCCCAGUGAGAAGUCAUCAUUAGAGGAAAGUGCAGGGGUCCACCAGAGCCCAUCCAGGUUCUUCUCCAGAGCAUCAACUCAAGACAAGGACAAGAAGUUGCCCAGUGAGAAGUCAUCAUUAGAAGAAAGUACAGAAGCCCACCAGAGCCCAUCCAGGUUCUUCUCCAGAGCACCACCCCAAGACAAGGACAAAAAGUUGCCCAGUGAGACAUCACUAGAGGAAAGUGCUGAAACCCACCAGAGCCCAUCCAGGUUCUUCUCCAGAGCAUCAACUCAAGACAAGGACAAGAAGUUGCCCAGUGAGAAGUCAUCAUUAGAGGAAAGUGCAGAAGUCCGCCAGAGCCCAUCUAGAUUCUUCUUCAGAGGCACAACCCCUGACAAGGAGGCCAAGGACAAAUCAUUUACCCCAGGGGAGCAGGAGAAAGGUCUGAACUUGUCUAAACUGUUCAACAGAGGAACAUCCCAGGAGAACAACAAUGUAUCCAGUGCUGAGGAACAAGACACCUUCAGCUCUAUCACAAGGCAACUCUCUGUGACAUUCUCUCAGGAAGAUGAAAGUGACAUAGUCAGGAGCAAAGCCACCAAAGUCAGCGAUAUCAGGCAUGAAGAUAAGAGCCCCGUCACAGUGAGGGACAACAAUGAACAUUUGCCUGACACAGAAGCAGAUCAGAAUAUUUCAAAAACUCAAAAGGAAAACAGGACGGAUUGGAACCAUGAUGCCAAAUCUCCCAUUCAGGAGAAGCAACCAAAGGAGAAGAUGCGAGAGUUCUUUGGACAACUCUUCGGCUUUACCUCAAAAUCUCCAGUGGCUAGUCCCAAACAGACCCCGAGCAACCAAGAACAGUGCCGGGAAAGCCAAGACGAGCCAGAUAAGAAGAACUUGGAAGAAGAGUUUGUUACAGUGGAACAGUCAUUCCAAAAACCUGACUUGACUGUUCAAGACGCAAAAGUUGAACCUGUUAAUAGAGAAAUUGACCUUGAAACCAGUGACAAUAAGCAGAAAGAAGAAAACUCAUCCCAAGAACUGGAGCCUGGUCCUUCAACUUCUUCAAUAAAAAAUACUUCUAAGCUGGAAGCACCAUCUAUAACAUAUGGCACCUACCGAGGGUCCAAAAAAAUAAGAAAGCUUCUCAGAAGAAGAGCUGAUGUCAACUCUCCAAUCCCUGAGAAUGAAGAGGUCACUGACACAGAGACAACCCCUACUAUUCUAGAUUAUAGUAUUGAUAAUGAAAUAACCCCAUAUCCUAGAUCAGAUCCUGAUGCAGAACUGUGUGUAGGGAAUGAUGAAGAAACAUCAACUCAAAACAGUAACACACUGCCACCUUAUCUAGAGAAUUUCACAAAGUUCGAAGAACCAUUGCAACCAGUUGACUUGCAAGAAGAUCCACUUGGGAACUCAGAAACAGUAACAGUUUUACAGCAUAGUGCAGGUGAAGAAACCAUGAUUUCAAAUGGCCUACAAACAGAUGAAGACAGAAAUUCAAUAAUCCCAGAUAGUAUACAAAGAAGCCUCGAUUCACAACCAGAUGUGGUCGCCAUAAAUGGUAAUAAGCAAAUUGUAGAAUUGAAUGAAACAUCUGAAGAUGAAUCUUUAACACAAAGCAGAUCCACAAUGAAUAACUUGCAGGAAAAUAUAGAGGAUAAUCCUGAUUAUGCAGUAGCUCCUCAAAAGGAAACAAAUCCUCAGGCAGAAAUAGUUGCAGAUGCAGAUGAAAAGCCAAAGACAAUAACGGAGUUGCAACAUAAUGCAGACGAAAUAGCAAACAUCACAAAUGCUGUGCAACCCGAUGAAAUCAACUACUCAGAGAAAAGUGGUGUCUCACUGUCACUUACUGACAAUAACUCAAAUAUCAUAGAUAAGCUAGAGACUAUAAAUCUCCCAAAGAUCACAAAACCUCUGCAUGAAGUUACCUCCAUCACAUCAAUAUAUAAAACAGAAUUGCAGUCAGAUAAAGAAGAUAACUCAAAUACUCUCAUAGAACCAAAGGUAGACGUAGAAAAAGAUUCAGAUGUUGCAGCAGGAUUACAAACAAGUCCUGUGAAUAUAAAGGCUCAGCAACUUGAUACUGAUGAAAUAUCUAUACUUGCAGUGGAUCGGCAACCAACUGCAACUGACAACUUGGACAUGUCAUUGGGUUUGCAGCAAAAAACAGAGAACCUAACAAUGACCAUGGAGAAUCAGCAACCAUGUGCAGAUGAGACAUUUAAUACUGAAGAAACGUCAUCCUUUGCUCAAAAUACACAAGCCAAGAUAAAUGAUUCAAAACCAGCAGGAUUGGACAUUUUACUAUUAGAACAUGUACACCCGUCAUCCAAUUCUGAAGUAAAUACCAAUUCUUUGGUUGAUAACGAUGCUGAUGUUUCCACCAAAAAUAAUGAGAUAGAAUUCUCUUUAUAUACAGAAGCCAAGUUAACUCGUGAAAAGCUCUCCACUCAUCAGAUCCCUGGUCACUUAGAGAGCAAUAAUGACAGCAAUUCCAUAUAUUCUGAUGGUGACUUGCAGCCCAAUGGAUCUAUCAUUUCACAGUUAGUACAGUCUAAAAUACUAGAUAGCCAGUCUACUGAUGAAAGCUAUCAAACUUCUAUCCCUCAGUCCAAUAAAUAUAGUGUUUGUGUUCAGGAAUCUUUAGGCAGUGUCAACCCUUCAGGAAAACCAGAUAUCAAUGACAUACCUAAUGCCGAAGAAAUUCUCAUUGCUGCUGAUAACAAUAAUAUUUCAGAUGAUCUCAAGAAACAUGAUCAUAUAAAUGUAUCCCCUAAGACGGUCACCAGUUUUAACUUCCGUGAUGUUCUUCACGAUGACAAGUGCAAAACUGAUUUGAUAACUGAUCUUCAUACAGAUACAAACUCACUGAAUAACAUUUGUUCUUUAUCCAGUUCAUCUCUAAAUGAAGGAAAUAUCAGAGAAGCUUUAGAUGUGGAUUCAUUUGAUGAGGGCCAUUCUCCUACAUUUGCCAUACCUUCUAGCUCUUCAUCAUUUGCCAGUGCAUGUGUUGAUGAGCAAUGUAAGAGCUCUUUGCCUUCUUCUGAUAGUGUUGAUUCAGGGCUAAUAUCACCAGCAUGUACACCAGAGGAAAUUAUUCUUUACAAUAAUAAUAAUAAGCCGGAUGCUCUUGCACUUGAUGACCAAGUCAACAAUACAAUUGUAGAGUCAGAUAAAGCAGUGCCUAAUAUGUUUAAUUUAAGAACUGUAAAGGUUACAAAUACAAGUGAAGUGGACUACAUACCUACAACAGAAGAGGUUAGAGACCUAAAUAUAACAAAUGCAAUACAGGGUACAAAUGUAGUAAUUGUAAAUGAUAUCACACCUAAGUUGGGAAAUAAUACAACGACUGAAAAAACUGUCCCUACUCUUAAAAAAAGAAUUGGAAAGCUUUCCUCCAAUCAGAAAUCCCAAGCUGAUUCAAAAGAUGUCUACAUUGCGAAAGUUUCAGUAAAAUCUAUAGAUGUUAAAGAGGUGAAAAUUGCUCCUUACAGUUUACAGUCGGAAAUCAUAACGAUCAGCAAACUUCCAACUCCAACUUUUGAGCCAGAAUAUAUACAACUAUCAAUCCCACCUCCUCCACCAAUCGACUCAAACAGUGAUCUCCAAGGAUUUCAGCAGGACCUAGAACAUGAAAAGGUUACCACAACAGAGAAAAGUUCCUUCAAGCAUUUUAAACCUAAGGAUAAUAACACUUCUAAGGUACAACCAGACCCUGAAGCUGUAAAAAAUACAAUGCCACUACUAACACAUACAUCACCUGACGUGACCAUAGAAAAUAUCAAAAAUAACAAUUUUACUGCUCUUAUGAGAUCAAACAAUGAGGAUUUUAUAAAUAUGUCAUCGCUUACAGGGACACAUGAUAAUGAAAUUGAUAAGAUAUUGUCCACUUGUGUUUCUGAAUUGGAAACUGAAGAUGUAAAUCUACAAGACACUCAGAAAGAGCCAAAAGAAACUAAUAUAUACUGUGAUUUCUCAUUACAAGCUAAAGAAAAUGCCUCCCAUGAAAUACAUGGAAAACCUCCAGCUUCACCAAUACAUUCUACAAUUCCCAAGGUUGAGAAGGAUACUAUCCAGAUGGCAACAGAACAUUCUGAAUUGUAUGACACCUUAAUAAAGCAAAAAGCUAAUGAACUUAUUUGCACUGUUCUAAAUAAAGCUGUGGAGGAAAUUGCCCCCAAUAAUUCUACUUUAAAUACUAUAUCGACAAGUGAGAACGAGAAUGAAUUAUUUUCUCCAGUUUCAGAAGCAAAUAAUAAUAUUAGUGACUUCAAGGAUACAAACUCUACAGUUACAUCUGCUCAGAUAAAUGAUUUGUUGAAUGAAUAUAAGCUUGAAAAUCAAAACCAAAUCUAUACAGAAAAAACUGAAGUUAACCACAUGCCAAGCACUAAUGCAGAACUGGGUCCCUGUAGUAACGAUCAGGUAGAUCUUAUUACGACCGAUUCUGUCAUAUCUCUGAGUAAUGAAAAUUCAGACAUAGAGACUAUAAAUCGAAAUUCAGCAAAAGUAGAGGAGAAUGCUGUUUUGGGCAGUCCUAAUGGUAGUCUUGCAAUUAUUUCAAAUAAAGUACCUUCAGAUCCAUGUUUGGAACCAGAAAUACCAAUCAUGCAGGAUAGUUCAGCUGGUAUGCAAAAAGAGCAAAGCCAUGAAGCUGAAACAACAGGAGAACUAUUUAUUUCUAACAAUUCUAAGCAUGAAAACAAUGAAUCAACUAUAAAAGAAUUUGGCCUUCAUACUGAAGAGCUUAGACAAUCAGAUGAUAGAACUAAUGUUGAUGAAAUGAACCACUCAACUAAUGAACUAUUGACACAAACAUCUGAUGAAGCCCUAAAGGUUGAUCAAGCCAAGGAAGACACACACGAGCUUUCAGCCACAUCAAAAAAUGAUAGAAGUAAUCCUGAUGAAAUCAACCACUUAACUAAUGAACUAUUGACACAAACAUCUGAUGAAGUCCUAAAAGUUGACCAAGCCAAGGAAGACACAAAUGAACUUUCAGCCACAUUAGAAAAUGAUAAAUCUAGUGUUAAUGAAAUGAACCACUCAAUUAAUGAACUAUUGACACAAACAUCUGAUGAAGUCCGAAAAGUUGACCUAUCCAAAGAAGAUACAAAUGAACUUUUAUCUACAUCACAAAAUGAAAGAGCUAGUGUUGAUGAAAUUAACUACUCAACUAUGUCAGCUAAUCAACUAUUGACACAGAAAUCUGAUGAAGCCCUAAAAGUAGACCAGACCAAAGAAAAUACAAAAGAAAUUCAGAAUUGUGAACAAGGAGACAUAUUUGUUGUAUCUGACAUUAUAGGAGUAAAGCACACAUCUUGUGAUCAUAUUCAAAAUGCCACAGACAGUGGUUUGGGAGGAGUCAGACAAGAAAAUGAUGAAUCACAGCAAGUUACAGAGAGAAUAUAUCCAAAAAACGACAAUCCUUUUGUUUCCAUGGCUAAUAAAAUAGUAAGUGAUAUCAUCAACUCUGCUAAACAAAAUGUUACUUCUAGUAUGCUACAAGCCAGUUUGAACAAGAACACAGAUGGAGAAAUUCAAUCUGAAAUCACUAACAAUGCUCAUGUGAGCUCGACUGGGGCUAAUAGUAUAACUACUCAGAACACACAAAUUGAAGUAGGGAAGGAUUAUAAUAUAAAUUCUGAGUUGACCAACACUGAUGGUGAGCAGAACCAGUACAUUUCUCAUGAGAGUAAAAACACUCUUGAAGGAACAGUAAAUGGCCAUGACAUACUCACAAAAGUGCAAAUACCUAGACAUAGUCCACAUUUAGGAUGGUCCCUGGGCACAGAUGAAGAUUCUAACUCUUUUGAAGGCAUGAAUAAUACAGAUAUACUUAAAAAUACAGACGGUUCACAAAAUCUGAUGGUUAAUUAUUUAGAUGACUCAGGUGAGAUAGUUGGGGAAGCUGUCAACAUGGUAGCUACAGACACAGACUUGCUCAGCCCCUUCCAGUUUUCUAUACAUCAGGCUAACGUAAUUGAAAUAAGUGAAAAUGAUGAUGACCAAGAUAAUAAUGAAUGUUACAUGUAUAACAGUGAAGAAACUUCUGAUCAAAAUUCAUAUUUGGUUGCCCAGGCUAGGCGGAGAAGUUUUUAUCCAAUUUCUUUGUCCCCAAUAUAUGAAGAUGAUAGUUCUUCGGAGGAUAUUUUAUCCACAUGUGCUUCACCAAAGCUUUCUGAAACAGAUAAUUCAAACUGCAGUUCAAUCUUAACACUUCUUCAGUCUGUGUCAGAUCGUUUAAAACAAACAAACGCCUUGGAUAAUAAAGAAGUAUCCCAUGAAGAAUGCAUUUCAUUAGCUGAUAUGAGUGCAAAUCGUUUACAUGGUUAUUCAAAUAUGGAUGCAGCUGAGAAAACGGAAGACAUGUCUAAAACACAAGUUGUUGAUCAACCAACACCUCUGCAGCCACAAAUUCCUACACCAAUUCCUACACGAUCCAGUUUAUUCAUAACUAAAACAAUGCCAGAAAUUAAGUCUCUGGCAGGUACAGGACGGCAGUCCAUUCUCAUGCACCUGACCAAGAAACCAAUUGUUUUAAACUCAAAACUUAGUGGUGAAGCCUUGUCACCGACAGCAGUUGAGGAGAGUUCUUCUUUACAAAAAAUGGAGGAUUUCAGUGGUAUAAACUCAAAUUGUAGAACAGAGUCUGCUGCAGUUCCACCUCCUGUAAAUCAAUCAGAUGUGCCUGUAGAAGAAUCAAGUAAACUUAAUCUUAAAUCUGAAGUGGAAAUAAAUUCACACUUGGAACCACGAAGUGUACACUUUCAGUCUAAUCUCAAUAGUUCUCCAGAAACUGUUAGUUGUCAAGAAAAUGUAGACUCUUCUAAACACAUUGAUUCAUCAGUCCUAAUAAAUUCAAAAUCUAGUGUUGAAGCCUCUUUACCUCCAAAACUUGAGGACAGUUCUUCCUCCCAGAUGGAGGCUAAGACAGAGGAUGCCUCAAGUCCACCUCCUUCUGCAUUGCAAACAGUUUCAAAAUCAGUUCUACCCAUCCAAACAUCUGAAGUGGAACCCAAGCCACAGCACACAAUGAUUAAUAAAUGUCCCAGCCCUCCAGAAACUAGAGGAGGAGAUUUUCAGAAGUUAGCUUCUUCUCAACAAGAUCAUUCCUUAAAAACACAAGCUCAUCUGAUGAGCCCUGUACAAUCAGAAACUAUAAAGUACAACCCGAGGCCGGGAAAAGUGGUCAUUUCUGAUAUCUUUGAUCAUGAAAACAAGAUUGAAGUGAAUGCUGACGUUAUUGACUCAUCCUCCUGGAUAUUCCCAAAUGGAGUAAACAUCCGAGUGAUUAGAGGAUGCUGGAUUUUGUAUGAAAAACCAAAUUUUGAAGGACUUGCUCAUGUGCUGGAGGAAGGAGAAGCCGAGUUGUCCUACCUUUGGGAAGCUCCGCAAUCUACAUCUGUGCCAAAUGCGAUUACAAUAGGUUCCAUUAGGAGAGUUGUUAAGGACUAUAUUCCAGAGAUAAUACUCUCGCCACAGUAUACCAUUUCUGGCUCUUCCAUUCAUCUGCGAACAGAAGUCCCAUCCAUAGAAAGCCUGACCUAUCACAUGCAUUAUUCCUUGGUGGUGAAGUCAGGAGUUUGGUUGGCAUAUUCUCAGCCUCAGUUUAGCGGCUCCGUGACUGUUCUAGAAGAAGGGUCUGAAAUACUUAAAAUUCAGGAAUACGGUAUCAGUUCUGUUCGUCCUCUAAAAAUGGGAGGAUUAAAAGUGCAGAUGCCCAGCGAUCCGAAGAUAAUCCUCUAUGAGAAGCCGUGUUUUGAAGGGAGGUCGAGAGAAUUUUCGGAGCAUAUUUACAGCCUCAAAUCUCUUCUUUCUGACGGCGACGAGCAAGAAAUUGGAUCCGUUCGUGUCCUUGGGGGCAUAUGGGUUGGCUAUGAUAUGGAAAGGUUUAAAGGGCGACAAUAUCUACUAGAAGAAGGAGAGUAUCCAGACUGGCAGUCGUGGGGUGGAACUAGCAGCAGUCUGCUGUCCAUGAGCUAUCUCCAGGCUGACUUUAUGGAGGCAUCUGUUACACUUUAUGAAUCAGACAGAGAAGAUCUAAAACAACUUGAGGUUUUCAAUCUGGAAAUUCCUGAUGUGGAACAGGCUGGCUAUGGCCCAGAAACCCAAAGUAUUCAUGUGAAAAAGGGAAUGUGGGUUGCCUAUGAACAAAAGCAUUUCUGCGGGGAGCAGUAUAUCCUGGAGAAAGGCAGAUACAAGAGCUGCGCUGACUGGGGAGGAAAUAAUAACACGAUUAUGUCAAUAAGGCCAGUUCUGUUGGAACCUCAUGGGAGCAAUGAGCCAAAACAUUUGAUAAGAGCGUACAGUGGUGCCAAUUUCCAGGGAGAGUGUGUGGAUCUCACAAAGGAAGUGUCGGAUUUUAAAUCAUUUACACCCAGUUCCUUUAAGGUUUUAAGAGGAUGCUGGGUGCUGUGUUACCAAGGGGAAACGUCUAACAACCUGUGUGUGCUAGAAGAGGGGCAUUUUCCAGACAUGGCGUCCUGUGGCUGCCCAGCAGCUGUGAUCAAGUUUAUCCAGCCAAUAGAUUAUGUGUUUGCUGAGCCCUCCCUCAGUCUGUUUGCCCUGGAUUCAUGCGAGGGAAGAGAGCUGCACUUUGAGGAGGCUGUAAAUUCUGUACUCAGUCGGGACCUUCACUUUUAUACCCAGUCAGUGUGGAUAAGAAGUGGACUGUGGAUUGCAUAUGAAGAUGCCAAUUUCUUAGGAAGACAAAUAUUACUGGAAGCUACGAAGAUUCUCAACUGGGCAGAAUUCAGUGGUUGGAAAGCCAUCGGCUCCCUCCGACCUUUAAAGCAGCCGGGCGUGUAUUUAAGGAUUAAGAAUCAGCACAAUAACAAAUACUUGACUGUUACUGGAAAUCUAGCGGAUACAAGAGCCAUGUCCGUUUGUGUAUCUCCCAGGAAUGGGCAGUGCACUCAGAUAUGGUAUUUCUGCCGAGGCCUUCUGAAAUCUAAGGCCAGUGACGCAUGCCUGGAUGUCAUAGGAGGCAAAAAUAAUCCAGGUUCAAAAGUCUCCCUGUGGACAGAGCAUGGAAAGCCCAGACAGAAAUGGAGGAUCCACAAAGAUGGGACAAUUACAUCAUAUAUAAGUGAUGAACUUGUUCUGGAUCUAAAAGGUGGAAACUACUACGAUCAGAAUCAUAUAGUAGUAAAUAACCUCCAGCCCAGUCUUCCCACCCAGAAAUGGGACAUUGAAAUAUUAUGAUGGGCUAUCGCUUUUGAUCUGGGACCACUGAAGAUCUCCUUGGUAUCCUGUGCGAAUACUUCAAGCUCUACAAAAAGGAAACUACUGAAGUCGUGUCCCACUGGAACGCCUUUCAAUAAACCGCCACCGGCCUCUAGAAAGUGGAUGUCAAUGGAGAUGAGGACUUGCUGAGUUAAACAAUCAGUGGUCAAGGAAAUACCACAAAGAAGUCUUUGGAUAUAUCCCUUGUGCUCCUGCAGCUCAUUGCUAUGGAAAAGUCUCCGUAGGGGAAAAAACACUCAUUGGUUUCCUGACUUCUUCCUGUUAGUAAAGACUUCUGUUUUUCCUAAACUGGCGGCACAUAAAAGAAAAACUGCCAUACGGCCAAAAAAAAAAAGAAGAAAAGAGGAUCUUGUUCUUUACUACUUAAACAUGUACAGUACAAACACUCGUUUAUACAGAGACAUAUCUAUAUUGUACAUAGAUAGCAUAGAAAAGAAAUGUAUAUUUUUACCUGUAUCAUAUAUAUAUGUGUUUGUACAGGAUAUAAAAAAAAUUCUAUUUAUAAA